GUCACCAUUGACUAAAGAAUUUCCCAUGAAUGAAGUUGCGAGCUUUUAAACAUAACAAAUAUGUUUUUGGAAAUGGGAACAACUAUUUGUAUUUCAGUUUUCUACGGUUAUCAUAGUUACAAUCUACUACAAUGAGAACUGUGCUAGUCUCACCAGUUCUGGCGAUGCCAUUGUUUUGGCUGUGCCUCUGUCACAACCUCUUUCCGGUUUCUGGCCUUUGUUCUGAUGAUCAGAGGUCAUUGCUGCUCCAACUCAAGAACAACCUCACUUUCACCUUUCAAAGGAGCACCAAACUGAAGUCAUGGGAUCCAAGUAAUGAUUGCUGCAGAUGGAUAGGGGUAUCUUGUGACAAGAAGGGACAUGUUACUGCUCUUGACCUCAGUGGAGAAUCAAUCACUGGUGGUAUUGACGAUUCAAGCAGCCUUUUCAGUCUUCAAUAUCUCCAAAAAUUGAAUUUGGCUGAAAAUGAUUUCUACUCUGUCAUUCCCUCUGCAUUCAAUAGAUUGGAAAAUUUGACUUAUCUCAAUUUGUCAUAUGCGGGCUUUGUGGGUCAGAUUCCAAUAGAGAUUUCUCAAAUGACAAGGUUGGUUACUCUUGAUCUCUCUUGUUUUCCUAAUUUUCGGCUGAAGCUUGAGAACCCAGAUCUACGAAAGCUUGUCCAAAAUAUCAGCAGUAUUAGGCAACUGUAUUUGGAUGGUGUAAAUAUAUCAGUUGCUGGACAUGAAUGGUCCAGCGUUUUGAUGUCAAUGCAUGACCUGCAAGAAGUUCGCAUGGCACACUGCAUUCUCUCAGGACCCCUGGAUCCUUUUCUGUCAAGACAUGAAAGUCUAUCUGUGAUUGUUCUUGAUGAGAACAAUUUAUCAUCUGCAGUGCCAGAAACAUUUGCCAAUUUUAAAUUUCUGACCAUCUUAAGUCUUUCUGAAUGCAAGUUGACAGGAACAUUUCCGCAGAAGAUCUUCAACAUUGGAACAUUGUUAGUUGUUGACGUAUCCUGGAACGACCAUCUCCAAGGCUUUUUUCCGGACUUCCCACUAGGAUCUCUUCACACUUUAAUAGUAAGUGGCACAAAUUUCUCUGGAGCAUUUCCACGCUCUAUUGGUAACAUGAGGAACUUAUCUCAUUUGGAUUUUUCUUAUUGUCAAUUUAACGGAACAAUUCCCAAUUCAUUGUCAAACCUCACAGAACUCACUUUCCUGGUCUUGUCAUAUAACAACUUCACAGGUCAAAUACCAUCAUUUAAUAUGGCCAAUAAGCUUACGGUGUUAGACCUUUCUUAUAAUGGUUUGAGUGGUUCAAUUCCAUCUUCUUACUUUGAAGGACUCAACAAUCUUGUUAGCAUCGACCUACUUUUUAACUCGAUUAGUGGGAGCAUUCCUUCAUCCCUUUUUACACUUCCACACCUGCAAACAAUUGUGCUUUCGUAUAAUCGGUUUGGUCAACUAGACGAAUUCACAAGUGUGUCUUCUUCCAAAUUAACCACCCUCGAUUUAAGUAGUAAUAAUCUAUCAGGGCCUUUUCCAACAUCUAUAUACCAACUCAGUGGACUGUCAGUCCUCGAACUUUCUUCAAACAAGUUAAAUGGGACAAUGCAGCUGAAUAAACUUGCGAAGUUCAGAAAUUUAACUACAUUAGAUCUUUCAUACAACAAUUUAUCAGUCGAGGCGAAUUUUACAAAUGCUGACGCAUCUUACUUUCCCAGCAUAACAGAGUUACGGUUGGUAUCCUGCAACUUGAAAAGUUUUCCUGGUUUCUUGAGAAAUCACUCGGAAAUGGUCUUUCUAGAUCUUUCUGAUAACCACAUCCAAGGAAUAGUACCCAACUGGAUUUGGAAACUGAAUCUUGCAGAGCUUUAUAUUUCUCAUAAUUUGUUGACUCAUUCGGAAGGACCUUUGCGUAAUUUUUCUACCUAUUUGGGUAUUCUUGAUCUUCACGAUAAUGAACUUCAUGGGCAAAUAUCUUAUAUUCCUACAUAUGCGGAGUAUUUGGAUUUCUCAAGAAAUACUUUCAGAGGCAGUAUCCCUGAUUCCCUCUGCAAUGCUUUAUUUCUUAGCCUGAUUGAUCUUUCCGAUAACAAUAUUUCUGGAACAAUUCCCUCGUGUUUAUUCGAAACUGGUGGGAGUCUUGAGGUAUUAAAUCUUAGAAAGAACAGUCUCAUGGGUCCUGCUGUCCCAGGUAAGAUUUCAGGUGACUGUUCUCUAAGGACUCUGGAUCUCCAUCAAAAUAAAUUUGAUGGAAAGAUUCCGAAAUCCCUUUCUAAUUGCACAUCAUUACGAGUAUUGGACCUUGGACAAAACAAGAUCACGGAUGUCUUUCCGUGCUUGCUGAAGAACAUAUCCACACUCCAAGUCUUAGUCUUGCGAGAAAAUAAUUUAUAUGGUCACAUUGGAUGUCCAAACACCAAUGCCACAUGGCCCGUUCUUCAAAUACUUGAUCUAGCCAUUAACAAUUUCAGUGGCAAGCUACCUCAAUCCUUUUUCACAAGGUGGCAAGCAACGAUGUCUCAUGAAAACCAAUCUGCAUACAUGGUAAAACAUAUCGAUUAUGAGUCUGUCGUUGGGAGAGAAUUCAGAAAAAUAUAUUAUGAUUCAGUGACAGUUACAAUGAAAGGGCAACGGAGGGAUCUGGUUAAGAUUUUAAGUGUUUUCACUUCGAUCGACUUCUCAUUCAACAAUUUUGAAGGAGAAAUACCAAAACAGCUAUUUGACUUUAAGGAACUCUAUGCACUGAACUUGUCAAACAAUGCUUUUUCUGGCCAAAUUUCACCGUCAAUUAGAAAUCUGAAGGAGCUUGAGUCCCUAGACUUAUCAAAUAACUCAUUCGAAGGAAAUAUUCCCACAGAGCUCGCAAGUUUAUCUUUCCUAUCAUUCCUGAACCUCUCCUCCAAUCAUUUGGUGGGAAAGAUCCCAACAGGUACCCAACUUCAGUCAUUUCCAGCUUCUUCCUUUCAAGGAAAUGAUGGCCUCUACGGUCCUCCAUUGACUGAUGAAUUCGAUGGCAGAGAGCCAGGGGUGUUAGAACAACAUCAAACCUUUAGUUUCUACCAUUGAUUGGAAUUUUCUUAGUGUGGAACUGGGACUGAUUUUUGGCCAUGGAAUGAUUUUUGGUCCACUCUUGUUUUGGAAGCAAUGGAGGAUUUGGUACUGGCAACUUAUUAACAAAAUUCUCUGUCGGAUCUUCUCUCAACUCUAUUUUGAAUAUGCAACAAAGAGAGGUCAAACCUAUACAACUCUAAGAUGGCAGCAUUAGCUAUUAAUAACAAGUUCAACUUUCAUGUGUGAUAGGAGGAGCUGGGAACUUGACUUUAAAAUGUCAACAAGCUUUAACGAGUAAGGAAUAAAGUUUUAUAUUGUAAUAAUACCAUAUCAUAAAAGAUAGCAUAAAGUAUCUAGAUGUGAAGGUGACUUGGUCACCAUGAUAUGCAAAUGUUUAAACCAAUGGUGCAGAUUUCACAUUUUAACUCGCUUUAUAUGUCUCGGUUGUCCAGGAACCGAAGCAUAUAUGGUGCGGUGACAUUUUUAUAAUUUCAGGCAACUUUUAUGCCUCGGUUCAGAAAAAAAAAAUUGAAGCACAACAUAGUUAUAGGCUUUGGUUCGCUCAAAACCAGUGCCAAAAGUCGUUAUAUGCUUCGGUUCCAAAGACCCGAAGCCAA